AUGAAGGCUGUUCCUUUCAUUUCCAUCGUCACCCUUGCUCUCGCAUCCCCCCGUAUCACAGAUACGUCCAUCGCGCCCAACUCGUCCACCACGCCGGCGCCCACGCCACCCGAUGGAACCUACUGCGAAUGCGGCUAUACAUACUGCGCAUCAGUCCUCAUGGCCAUGAGCAAGUCUCAAACUCAGCCUGUGCAAAGGCUAUAG